AGAGGUGUGAUAACUCGUGCGGUGUUACACAAGCCCCUCCCGCAAUAGUUGACUUGUUCCUCAGGUGAGAGUAUAUUUUACAUGCAGGGGGAGGGGGGUCGCUUUUGUUCGCUAGGGAAAGGGGGCUUGCUCCUUCAGGAUCGUCCUACCAUUUUAACCGGAGUGAAAGCGUGAACGAGGUUGACACUGGGGACUGGCAAUGGAAAGCAGAGGAGGGAAUAAGGGAGAGAAGUCAGUGCUGCACCGCUGCUCAUUGAAGCCACAUCACCCAUAGCGAUAAGCAGCUCGGCGUGAUCUGAGAGGGACCGUCACUCCGGGAUCCUAACUAAUUUAUCAAGAGAAUAAGCCGCAAAGUCAGCGCUACGGAUUUGAUCUCCAGUGGAAACUUCUUUGGUUUAUCAGAAUAUACAUUUGCGUUAAAGCAUCUACUAUAAUUUGUUUACAGGAACAUUAACGGACACAGGAUGACUUUUUUUUCUGUGACUAAAUGUAUGAUUUAUAUUGCAAAAAAAGUUUUUUCGUUCUAACUUACAUGGCGCAUUUUCGAAGAUGUACCGGCUCAGUUUUCCACAAUGUCCACUCAGAAGUAGUUGAUAUAUGAGUAUAAUGAGUCUGAAAUGACACUUGUUAUCAGGAUUGAUAGGUGCAGUUUUCAGGCAUCAUAUGAUACUACCGGUCAUCACUGAGGACGUGUAAUAUUGUGUUAUCGUCGCCGCAAUAUGGACAUUUUUACACUUAUUUAAAUAUAUUCCUCCGUUUUUUUAACUGAAUCCACGCUGUCACUUCUUUAUAUAUAUUUUUUUCUGUUCGGGAUUUCUAAAAUAUUUCGUUCCGUUGCCUGCAACAGAGAUUUAAAAUAUCGAAAGCUCCGUCUUUCCCAUCAGUUACAUGAUAUCUGCAUAAUCUAAGUGCAGUGCAAUUUCAGUCAGCGACGCGAAUUCUACUCGAAAGGUCAAAAUGAAAAUCCUACCAUCAAGACUUAGCUAUGUGUUUCUUCACUUUUUUGCAUUUUGCUACUACGCUCAGGUAACUAUUCAGUCUCCGCCUAAUUUUACGCAACAUGUGAGCGAGCAGAGUAAAGUGACGGACCGGGUCAGCAGGAGACUUAUUCGGACCUACCAGCUUUACAGCCGGACAAGUGGGAAACACGUCCAGGUCCUCGGAAACAAGAAAAUCAACGCCAUGGCCGAGGAUGGAGACGCUUUCGCUAAACUCAUUGUGGAGACAGACACAUUUGGAAGUCGGGUUCGAAUUAAAGGAGCGGAGACGGGAUUCUACAUCUGCAUGAACAAACGUGGGAAGCUGAUUGGCAAGAGGAACGGCCAGGGCAAGGACUGCGUCUUCACGGAGAUCGUCCUGGAGAAUAACUACACGGCGUUACAGAGCGCCAAAUACGACGGCUGGUACAUGGCGUUCACCAGGCGCGGCAGGCCCAGGAAGGGCUCCCGGACCCGGCAGCACCAGCGGGAGGUCCACUUCAUGAAGAGGCUGCCCCGGGGGCACCACGUCGCCGAGCACCGGCCAUUCGACUUCAUCAACUACCCUUUCAACCGACGGACUAAACGCACCCGCCACACGGGGCAGCGCUGAGCCCGCGGAGGGCAAAGCGGAACCUCCAUAUCGGCUUCUCACUGUGCCCUGUACAGCAGCGUACAGAACGUUCAUAUUCCUAAUAUUUAGUUGUUCAUAAUUUUUCAGAAAGAAAAAAACAUAAAAAAAAAAGAAAGUCAUCUAUUUUUGUACUCGGAUAGAAAAUGUUUUAUGAUUUUAGGGAACGGUUUAGUUAGCAAAGCAUAUGAUUGGUCGGGCGUACCGACGUUAGUGGACCUCUCCCCAGUGGUUUCGCCUGGAAGUUUUAGUCACUGCUACACAUCGGAUGCUGCUUAAGGAAACUUGAAGGGUCCCUGGGAAGCUGUGCUGAGGACAGGCAGCGUCGUGGCCACCCGAACACAUGCCCACCGGGUCCUCGGCCAGUCUGGGGCUCGGGUCUUGUCCAGGGAAAACAUGCUUACUACCAAUACAACUUUAAAUGGCAGCCCAGCCAGCCAACCCAGGUCCUCUGCUGUUCUUUUAACUGUAAAUCUGAGGUGUAAAUGUUUCGUUUUACUCGUAGAAGUACUCUGUUUCUGUUACAUUUUGUUUGUUUUUAUACAUAUAUAAAUAUAUUUUUAUUCAAGGAUGUGUAUA